AUGGCACAGUUGGAAAAGGAGCUCGUCGUCGACGAGUCGGGCUCUGCGGGCCCCGUCUCGACCUCUGGUGAGAUGAACGAGAUCGAUGUCGAGGCCGAGAGCCGCGUCCUGUCCAAGUUUGACUGGCUCGUCAUGCCCCAAAUGUCAAUCCUGGUCCUGUUUGCAUAUCUGGAUCGAACAAACAUUGGAAAUGCACGAGUGUUUGGCUUCGAGAAAAGCACCGGCAUGACGGGCACAGACUUCAACAACAUCUCCACACUCUUCUACAUUCCGUACGUCAUCUUCGAGACGCCGUGGGUCCUCGCCGUUCGGAGGUUCGGCCCCGGUCGCGUCCUCGCCAUCGCCCUCGUCUGUUGGAGCGCCGUCACGAUUGGCACCGGCUUCUUGCACACAUACAACCAAGUAAUCGCGUGCCGCAUCUUGCUCGGAGCCUUUGAGGCAGGGCUGUUUCCGGCUCUUACCUUUGUCAUCUCCGGCAUCUACCCCCCCGUAUCGCAGGGCAAGCGCGUCGCUGUCUUGUACAUCUCCAUCGCGCUGUCGGGUGCCCUUGGUGGCCUCAUCGCAUACGGCAUCCAGUCGAUGGGAGACCGACACGGGUUAGAGGCCUGGCGAUGGCUCUUCAUCAUCGAAGGAACCAUCUCACUCGUUGUGGGAGCUCUUUGCUGGGUCAGUCUUCCGACCACGCCAGAGACAGCGUGGUUCCUCAACAAAGAGGAGCGUGCAACAAUGGCCACCAUCAGGGCUCGCAACCAACGCUUCGGGAGCUCUGAAAGGCUCUCCUGGAAAAAGGCUGGUACGGCCCUCGCGGAUCCCCUGGUCUGGAUUGCAUCCGUUGCCAUGUUCUUCUCUUCAAUCGCCAUGUUUGGCUUCAGCACAUUCUUACCGACACUUCUCAAGGGCAUGAACUAUACAUCACUUGAGGCCAAUUACCUUAGUAUACCUGUGUAUGUCCUGGCCUCCAUUGCCACCGGCGUCACGACGUUUAUAUCGGACCGCAUUGGCAAGCGCGCUAUUUGUCUGAUACACUCGCCAAUCCUUGUCAUGAUUGGAUACGCCAUCGUCGUGGGCAGCGCCAACAAGGCUGUUGGCUUCUUUGCCAUGUUCAUGGUGGCAGCUGGCGUGUACUCAUACAACACAGUAAUGCUGACAUGGGUCUCAAACAACAUUCACCCCGACGACAAACGAUCUGUGGCUAUCGCUGUUGUCAUAUCCAUUGCCAACUGCGCCGGUGCCGCCGCGUCGCAGAUUUACCCCAUCACCGACCAGCCUCGCUACAUCCUGGGCAACUCACUGUCCUUGGGGUUCGAGUCGGGGGCACUUGUCGGUGUAGCGGCCAUUUAUUUCCUGUUCAAGUAUCGCAUGCGACAAAAGGAGAAGCUGCUGAGCCAAGGGAUUGAGAGUAACGGCAAGGAGGGGGACUACAGUCUCGACUAUAAGUAUUUAUUCUGAUCGGGUAUUCUCUAGUCUCGUAG